AUGCUUUCCAUCACCUCAACAUUCGCCCUCCUCACUUCCCUGGGCGCCGUGACCUUAGCCUCGGCCCAGACGAACUUCGAAGGCGCAAACCUCCAGCCCAACACCAAAGUCGGCGACUAUCAGUACCUUGGAUGCGCCAAUGAAGUCCCAGGGCGUACUCUUACGGCCAUCAGCUUUUCGAACGAUAGCAUGAAGAUCGAAGACUGCCAGGCCUACUGCACCAAGAACAACUACCGGCUCUCGGGCGUCGAAUACGGACAAGAAUGCUACUGCGGGCGGUUCAUCGCGAUUCCGGCAGCUUUGGGGGCGUACCAGUGCAACAUGGGCUGCGGGGGCAACAAGAAGCAGAUCUGCGGCGGCUCCAAUCGCGUAUCCAUCUUCAACAACACCAACAUCAACGCCGUGGCUGCGGCGCCCAAGCUGACCGGCACGUGGCAGUACCAGUCGUGCUUCAUGGAGCCGCAGAACAGCCGCGCGCUGGACAUACUCAUCAAGGCCGACGACAACAUGACCAUCGAGAUGUGCACGCAGGCCUGCGGCGACGCCAAGUACCCCUACGCCGGCGUCGAGUACGGCCGCGAGUGCUACUGCGGCGCCACGCAGUCGCCCAACCUGCAGGACGCGUCCGACCCGACCUGCUCGAUGCAGUGCGAUUUUCCGUGCGGCGGCAAUGCACAGCAAAUUUGCGGCGGCCGUCUCACGAUCGGUAUCUACAAGAACACUGCCAAGUCAAAGAUGAGCCGUGCCGCUGUAAUGGGCGCGAGGAAGGGCAGGUUCGUCAAGGUGGUGAAGGAAUCCGAGGUCGCGGCAGAGGGACAAUAA